GCGGUGUCGGCAGUCUGCUGCGGGACCAGGACAGACAGCUGAAGAGAGGGGGCGGGGGUGGAUCUGAAUGUCCGACCGGGACAAACGGUGGACCACCGCGAACUCGCGCGCGCGACUUACAGGUUUUCACUGUGUUCUGCUGCCUAUAGGACUUGACUGCACCAACUGGCACAGUUCAACAGGUUGGCCGUGCUAGACAAGACAUAGUUGGAGAACAGAAGACAUAGUUGCUACUACUGGUAGUUUGCCAGUGGUUUGCUUUUGGAUACUUGUGGCGGCUGGACGGAAAGAAGAGUGAAGAAGGACCUGGCUAUGGUCACAACUAUGGACGAUCCCUGUCGGAAUGGGGUGCAGGAGGAGGUAAUGCCCUCUGGACAACCUGCCACGGAGAGGCCCCCAGCUGUGCAGUCCCCUCAGGGAGCAGAGACAUCUGGAGCAAUGCAGCAGGUGGAGGAUGCUGUUGGCGAGGGGCCCACUUCCACAGGCGUGAAAGACAUCGACCUGCUUUUUCUGCGCGGCAUCAUGGAAAGUCCAAUUGUACGCUCCCAUCCUCAGGCUCAGGAGCAGCAGGAAGAUGUCAAGCUAGAAGCGGUGCAGGACAACAACGUGGAGCUGGUGACAGAGAUCUUGGGCGACAUCAGCAACCUCAAGGUGAAAGAUGACAGCGCGACUGAACUGUCAAGGAUCCUGCUGGAGCCACACUUCCAGUCCCUUUUGGAGGCACACGACAUGGUGGCAUCAAAAUGCUAUGAAGUUCCUCCACCGACUGAAAUGGCUAACGACGCAGCGGUCAACAGCGCGCUCAUGCAGGCCGACGCCGUCCGCAUGAUCGGCAUUCGAAAGAAGGCCGGCGAGCCGCUGGGCGUGACCUUUCGUGUAGAAAAAGAUGACCUGGUCAUUGCCAGGAUCCUACAUGGCGGCAUGAUAGACAGGCAAGGCCUGCUCCACGUGGGUGACAUCAUUAAAGAGGUGAAUGGCAAGGAUGUCGGCAACAACCCCACAGAGCUGCAGGAGAUGCUGAAAAACUGCAGCGGAGGCAUCACGCUGAAGAUCCUCCCCAGUUACAGGGACGCUCCUGCACCUCCACAGGUGUAUGUGCGGCCGUACUUUGACUAUGAUCCAGCCAGUGACAACCUGAUUCCCUGUCGAGAGGCGGGAAUGGCUUUCAAGAGAGGCGACAUCCUUCAGAUCGUCAACAGAGAGGAUCCCAACUGGUGGCAGGCAUGCCAUGUAGUGGGUGGUGCCACAGGACUAAUACCCAGUCAGUUCUUGGAGGAGAAGAGAAAAGCAUUUGUCCCUAGAGACUUUGAUGGAUCAGGAAUUCUCUGUGGCACCUUAGCAGGGAAAAAAAAGAAGAAGAUGAUGUACUUAACAGCCAAGAAUGCAGAGUUCGACAGGCACGAGUUGCAGAUCUAUGAGGAAGUAGCCAAAGUCCCUCCGUUCCAGAGAAAGACACUAGUCCUGAUUGGUGCUCAGGGGGUGGGCCGCCGCAGCCUGAAGAACAGACUGAUGGUCCUCCAGCCCACACGCUUUGGCACCACUAUACCAUAUACGUCACGGAGGCCCCGUGACGAGGAGCUAAACGGCAACACCUACCACUUUACCUCGCGGACAGACAUGGAGGCGGAUGUGAAGGCCGGUCGCUUCCUGGAACACGGCGAGUACGACAGCAACAUGUAUGGCACAAAGAUCGACUCCAUACACGAGGUGGUCGCCGCGGGACGCACCUGCAUCCUGGACGUUAACCCCCAGGCUUUGAAGGUACUGAAGACAGCAGAGUUCAUGCCCUUCGUGGUUUUCAUUGCGGCGCCUGAUUUUGACACACUCAAGGCCAUGCACAAAGCUGUGGUGGAUGCAGGCCUCACAGCAAAACAGCUCACAGACGUGGACCUGAGGAAGACUGUGGAUGAGAGCGCCCGUAUCCAGAGGGCUUACAGCCACUACUUCGACCUGACCAUCGUCAACGACAACCUGGACAAAGCCUUCGAGACGUUACAGGCCGCUGUGGACAAACUGUGCUCCGAGCCUCAGUGGGUCCCAGUGAACUGGGUGUAUUAAGGACUCGAACCAGCGCUUCCACAAACCAUAGAGUUUUCUGACAAUGAAGAGGAUAUGAGGGAGGAGAUCCUACUGAAUGAUAAUAUCCGAUUGGUCCUUCUCCCCCUUCAUCUGCACAUUGUGCAACUCCUUUUCUACUCCAAACUCAAAGGGAAAGAGUGCUUAUGUAUUUUAUAAAUUUUUUAAUGAAAAAUCUUUAUAUCCCACGUGGAAUCAAUUCAAACAUAUGUGCUUGGGCCAGUUGUUUUUAUUUUUCCAUUUAAUUUAUUGUUGUAGUUUUUAGUAUUGUGAAUGGUUUUGUAUUGCCAGUCCUUCUUCCAUGAUGCGAAGGAUUCGUCGGCACCAAAGCUCCAGAAUGAAGUGGAUCUUUGAGCAGUCGUUGUCGUGUCUGAACAACCACUGCAGCCAUUUUGUCUCCACCUGAAUCUUUUGUUAUUCUUAAGUAGCCCUCAUCUCAUCAGCUCAUGUCCUCCAGCUGGAUCAAGGAGUCAAAGCUCCUCCUGCUGCCAAGAAGGAAAUGAGUUCCUUUUUCAAAGGGCAAACACUUAGUUUUGUCUAGAUUUGUCAUUUUAUUUUCUAUCAUUGUGGUGAUUAAUAGUGUUUAGUUUAAUCAGAUGUGAUCCUCAGCUUUAUUUGUGCGUCACUUUGUCAUCGCCCAGUCCUCAAGCCAACCUGUUUGUUGUAUUUGUUUGUAAAUGCGACUCACUGUCCUUAUGUUCAGUGUCAUUGAAUGUCAAAGCUCCUUACCAAACCCCCAAUCUGAGUGAAACUGAUGCAACGUCCAACAAGCACCCAAGCAAAGCCAAAGCAGCAAAGCUGUAGCAUCAUUCUUCCACACCUUUCAUUUUUAAAUAUCAAAAAACAUAAACCUUUUUUGUUGUUUUUUUUUUAAGAUAUUUGCUUGCACUUUAGGUAAGAAAGAUAAAUUACCUCAUGUUGAUGUUUCUUACAGUAAAUGUAAUUUUUCACAAUCUUAAGUUUUAUUUGCAUCAGCCCAACUGCGUGAUUGACAUGUCCCCACAUCAACCCACUGUGUUUUUUACAUUUUUAUUAGGAAAGUUCUAACUAAUAAAGUUUAUCAAGUCGUGUCCUACAGCUGCUACUGUGGUUUUGGCCGUCUGUUGACCAGAAUGUUUUAAUAUACCCGAGUAUCAAGUGAUGUGUACUCAACAGGAUUUCAACUAGUGAAGUGGAACAGCACUGAAAAUGCACAAAUGGAAAAAAAAUAAAUAAAUAAAUCACAGCAGAAUAAAGUAUUUUUAAGGUUUUUAUUUUACGCAACUUACAGUCAAGCCAAAGUGUGAACUAUAUUAAGUGAUAUGUAUUCACAUUAUGUCCUAACAGGGUUUACAGCAUAUUUUGUGUUCUGUAACCAUAACUGUUACCCGAAAAAUAAAAUAAAAGUAAAUGCGAAACAGAAAACCAAGACAGCUUAUAUCUUUACAACAACACAAACAAAAGGAGCUUAGCAGUCGAUGUGAACAAAUUAAAUUCAGCAACAUGAAGAACCCUCACCAGAACAGGAAGGACAGCAAAACUUGAGUUUUUGGCAUGUCGGUGGUUUUAAAGAAAAAAAAAAAAAAAAAACCAAGGAGAGAAGUGAAGGGAGGUCUGAAGUCACGUGACUUUGCAGAGCUGCCUCUGCCGAAGGACUUUGGCUGCAAUGGAAACGCUGAAGAUAGAAAAUUAAAAGCAGGGACAAAAAAGAAAGAAAGAAAAUUGAGUGUCCUGAAAUUAGUUGGCCGAUUUUAUUAUCACUAAUUUGUUAUUCGUCUCCGUUAAACAAAAGGACCAUCGUUGAAGUCAACUACAUCUCCAGAACAGGCUCUACAUUCAUAGGAGGUAGAUAACGCGGUGAUGACGUGGAGUCCGGGAUAUUGUAGUGCAUCAUUUCUUCCACUUUAAGGCCAGAUGGGAACUUUCCAUGUAGCUCCAAGGCCGUCUUAAGACAAAGGUGUAAGGAAGGGUGGGGUGGGUUCGGUACAGCCCUUUCAUGGCGAUACCUGAGUCAACAGGCGUGUGAAAACGCCUGGUGCACCAUCAAUUCUUCAUCGACAAAAUCUUUUUUUUUUUUUUUUUAAGUCAACAUGAGUGGAGAAAUAUUUGGAUACAAUUUGAGUGGAUUUGGCCAAAAGGUGUUACAAUAGUAGGCUGAGGCAUGUGUGCCGCUUGUGACAUUCAAACCUCCCAUUGGGGAAAAUUAAAAGAUAUAUAUAUGUAUAUAUAUAUUUUGUUGGACAAUACAUUUAGAGAACAAAACAGAGUCAAUGCAGCAUAUAUCAGGCUUAUGAGGUACUUCAUGAAUAUAUAGACAGAUAUAAUCAACUUUUUAUUUUUAGAAAAGCUUCUCAAAGUCAUUAUUCCUUAUAGUUCCUAUUGAUAGCAUAAAAUACCUCGUCAGUUAUUUCUUUCUUUUUUUUUUAACUCAGCCCAGGCUAGAUGGGCGUCUAGUUUUAUUCGUUUUCAGAGACUGCUUUCAAAAAGUGCAAAAAACACAAAUACUGAUCGUUCUAUGCAGCAUCUACACUCACGGUUAUUGAAAACGGAGAGAACGUGUUGGAUUUUAUUUUUGUUUUUUAAUAAACAAUGAGAUGGAGGUCAAAACCUAACGCUGGAGCAGAUGGAGAAGGAAAAACAAAUUCGACAAAAGGCACAUCUAAAAAAAAAAGAGAAAACGACUGGGAACAUGCUGAAUGUCUACAGCUUGGACUUGAUGUGUAAAGUGACACAGCAGCUCAUAUGUACCUUUGGUCGAAUGAUUUGAUACGCCGGUCAGUCAGAUUGAAACGUGUUUCUUCCCUUUAACGAGCAAAUGGGAGCGAGGGACGCCGAGUUCAGCGAGUAGGAAAGGCAGAAAUUAGAGUCUGUAUUUAAUCGCCCGAAAAUGUGUCAAACCACAAUGUUUUAGCUUUCUGGUAAAACCACAAAUGGAAUCAAGCUGCUCGGAAAUCCAACUCAAAAGACGUGGCUCCAUGUAGUGCUGCUGCAAACAGACUGGUCACACCUGAACAAAAAGCCAACGUACCAACAACCCACACGGCAACGGAGAAUCACCGCAACUGCGCCUCGCAACAACUUUGCUGACGUAAAGAAUCCAAAAAUCGUCGCCAAGCAAAUCGGAAUCACAAUGGCACAUGUGAAAGAUCCAGUUAUGAUUAUGCUUUGUGAAUCACACAAGGAGGAAUCCGACAGCUAACGCUGGCUUCUCCGACUCUGGAUUGGUUAGAGAAAAAAAUUGAAAAAAUAAAUAAAUUUGGUCCCCUAAAAAAAUAAAAAAAAUAAAUCGAGCAUAGCAACAUUAAAAGUUCUCUCACACGAUAUCGGCUUUUAUUGGUUUGGUCACUACAAGAUUUCACUCCGGCGCCUUUCUAAUAAACAAACGGGAUGAUAGUAGCAAGCACCAGACGCUGCUCUGAGGUAGUUCUUUACAAGCUGGUGGAUUAAGAAAAAAAAAAAAAAACUGAACUGAAAAGUCAUUGUCGAGAUGUGAAACUACUGAAACUCCUGGCAGGAGUGGGUGUUGAGUAGAUCAGGAUGAUGCAUUCAGUUGGAGAUUUCCCAACAGCUCUCGCUAGACGCGUCGUUUAAAGGACAAAGGACGUUUACACUGAAAGGAGCAGCAGCUGCAGUCGGGUCGCGGCGUCACCUCUGCCCGACGAGUUUUAAACGACCUGCAUGACGAUUAGAAAACUCUGCUGACGUUCUUAAUUACCAUUCAAAUGCUGGGUUAUCUCUAGGAGAGUACAGAUGUAAAUUCGGAUCUUUAAGCUGACGAGUGGGAGUGGCGCGACGCUGGAGUUCAUGAGACGAUACUCAAUAUGUGGGGCAGGAUUCAUGUUUCGGGAGGGGAAACUUUAAUCAACCAUCCUGGAGGCUUUUUAGCCACGGAAAUAGAUCUGAAGAUAUUCAAACAUUUGUAGAGAUCUUUAGAAUUGGAAAUAAAAACCUUUUGCCAAACAGGGAAUCUCAAGACCAAAAAAAACCAAACAAACAAACAAAAAAAAAAACCCAUCAUGUGAAGAUAAGUAGCAACGCUAGGCCCGGCUGCUAGAUACGCUUGUGCUGUAAUAAACAAGAACUUGUGCACAUUGCAUUGCUGUCACAUGGCUACAGGUAACAGAGUGGAAAUGGUUUCAAUAACUGCCAGAGACAUUAUUACUCUUCAGAGAAUUUAUAUACAAACAGGAACAGGAGAAUUAUGCCUGGGGAAGCCGGCUGAGCGUUCUGCAAAUUGGUUCAUUACUUGCAUGCAAAAAAUCCCCAAAAACAAAACAAAACAAACAAAAAAAAAAAAACGGGUUCUAGCAACUAUAUGCUGACAAACAAAAUAAAAACCGCAUGCUUCAUUCAAAAUCAGAAAAGACUUUACAAGAACAAGUCCACAUGAGGCAGGAUUAUCAGGCUGGGAGUUGAAGCAAAGCUGGAAACCUAACUGCAAAUGCAACAUAAUGGGAUUUCCGUUUCCAAUACCAACAAAAAAAA